AUGACAGAUGGAUCGCUCUGUGACAUGAGCAUCAACACACCCAAACACCGAAGCACGGGCGGCACCCUGUCUGACCCCCCCGGGCCUCCCUGGAAUCUUCCUUCCAUCGGGAGACUCGAGGUGUUUAAGAACGUUAUCUCAAAUGCACAGCUGUCUCAAAGGUCUCGCUGGAAUAGACGACUGAGUGGGAAACGCGGCGCAUCGAUGCUGCUUUGGGAUUCUGCUCUCAUCUCCCCUGCUGGGGCUGAUUUUGGAUCUACAGUUUGGAACUUUUUUGGCUUUCAUGUGAAGCGUGACCCUGAUGGUAAGCGCGUUGUGGACAAAACUACCACAGUAUGUCGGAGAUGCCACACAAUGCUUAAUUACUUCAGCGGGAACACAACAAAUAUGACUGUACAUUUACGCCGACAUCACCCUGAUGCAAAGACAAGUGGAGUCAGGGAAAAACAGCAACAACCAAGCAUGCAAAAAGCUCUUCCCGAGUCAUUUAGACAGCCGUUUACACGUGAUUCCAAGAGGGCAAAAGAAAUAGACAGGGUGAUAGCUACUUUUAUUGCUGUCGACAUGCGACCGUUUUCUGUAGUAGACAACAUCGGGUUUCGGGAGAUGCUGAGAGUACUUGAGCCCCGUUACAAUCUUCCUUCACGAACGUAUUUCACCGAGACCGCAGUUCCUGCUUUGUACAAUGAGACGAAAGCCAAAUUAGAGACGGCAGUGUCAGCAGCACCCGCUGUUGCUCUGACCUCAGACGGCUGGACGUCAAGAGCUACACAGAGCUUCCUGACCGUCACCGUACAUUAUAUUGAUGCAGAAUGGCAAAUGAAAAGCAGUGUUCUGCAGACACGCCUCAUCGAAAGUCACGCCACAAACGACUUGGCCAAAGCUCUGUCAGAAGCAGUGGAAGACUGGAAGUUAGUGCGAGCAAAAGGUACUAUACCUGUAACUACUGACAACGCCAGGAACAUAGUUAAUUCUGUCACAGCUGCUGGGCUGGGGCCACAAAUUGGAUGCUUUGCACAUACCAUUAAUAUAGCAGCUCAGAAAGGAAUGGCAGUGUCGAAAGUUUCCCAUCUCCUUGCAAAGAUGAGGAAAAUAGUCACCUUUUUUCACAGAAGCACAACAGGACACAAUGUGUUGAAGAGAAAACAGGAGCUGCUACAGCUUGGUGAAAAAAAACUGAUCCAAGAUGUUUCAACCAGGUGGAACUCCACCCAUGACAUGAUGGAAAGAUACCUUGAACAGAAAGAUGCAGUGUUUGCUGCUAUGGCUGACAACACUGUGAAGAAGAACAUGAAGAACAUAAACAGUCUAUCUGAUGAUGAACACACACUGGCUGAAAAUCUUGUUGCAGUCAUGAAAACCCUAAAAACUGUCACUAUCAUGAUGUGUGAAGCAUCAUCUCCCACAGCAUCCAUGAUCAUGCCACUUAAAAUAAGCAUACUGAACUCCAUGGUACAGUCUGAUGAUGACAGCCCAACAGUGAGAGAUGUAAAAAAACACAUCAGGGAUGACCUGGAGCAGAGAUACACAGAUCCUGCCAUUCAGCAUUACCUCCACAAGUGCACGGCUUUAGAUCCACGCUUCAAGUCCCUGCGACACUUGGAUGAUGCCACUCAGCUGAGAAUUUUUGCAGCACUCAACACAGAGAUUGUCCUGAGCAUUGAAGAAGGUCAAGCUGCAGGCAACACAACAACAGCCCCCUCUACGGAUACCGAAGCACCACACUCUUCAGAUUCACCAUAA